AUGUAUUUAUUAAUGUCCAGAUGUCCGUAACCAAGGAAAGAACUGUUUUAAACCAGAGCUCGACGUUUGGCUUGUCGACAAAAGAAUUAUUUUGCUAAACUUGCCAAUUCAUAAACAAUUAUUUGAACCUUUUCUACCAAAAUUACAAGUUUAUUUUUUCAAAUUGAGCUCGCAACUGAGUUCCAUAUCACAAAUUCUUCAUCAUCAUCUCAACAUUAAUUAUUUCAGCAUCAAUUGUAUUCAUUUUUGGGGGGUGGGUGAUAAAUUAUAUUUGGAUAAAAUGGAGUUAAUGGGAGGUGGUAAACCAGUAGCAGAAAAUGGACGUUGCAUGAGUAUACAAGCAAUGCAAGCUUUACAAGAACUACGUGAAAAUAAUAUGCUAUGUGAUGCUAUAAUUCGGUUAGACGAUGGUGGUAUAUUUCCAAUACACAGAGCUAUUUUAUCAGCAUGCAGUACAUAUUUCAGAGCAUUAUUUACGACAUCUUUGCACGGUGAAGAGAAACGUGAUAUCACAUUGUCGGGUAUUACUUCCGAAAUGAUGCAAUUAUUAAUAAAUUAUGCAUAUUUACGUAAACUAGAAAUAACAGAGAAAAAUGUAUAUGAAUUAUUAUUAACAGCCGAUUACUUAAGUAUAUUGGGAGUACUUGAAUUAUGUUGUUCAUUUUUAUCAUCAAGAUUGUCACCAACAAACUGUAUUGGUAUUAUGUUUUUUGCUAGGAGUCAUUUUUGUACAGAUUUAGCUGUAGAAGCACAUCGAUACUUAAUGAGAUAUUUUGUAUUAGUAGCUGCUCAAAGCGAAGAAUUAUUAAGAUUACCAUUAAACGAUUUACGAGACAUAAUUGCAGCCGAUGAGUUGAAUGUAAAAUCAGAGGAAACAGUAUGGGAAGCCGUUUUACGUUGGAUAAAUCAUGAUCCAGAACAACGACGUCAACAUAUUGUCAUAUUAAUGAAAGCAAUACGCUUAGGUUUAUUAGAUACACAAUUCUUUUUAGAACAUGUUAAAGAUCAUCCAUAUGUAACGGCAUGCGAAGAAAGUCGACCAAUGAUUAUUGAUACGUUAAAGUUUUUAUACGAUUUAGAAAUGAUCACACAUAGGGAUGGCGAAGUUCCUACACCAGAAAUUGCUAGACCACGUGUACCACAUGAGAUAUUAUUUGCUAUUGGUGGUUGGAGCGGGGGAUCACCAACAAAUUUUAUUGAAACAUAUGAUACACGUGCUGACCGUUGGGUGAAAGUUGAGGAAGUCGAUCCAACUGGACCUAGAGCGUACCAUGGCACAGCCGUUAUCGGAUUUUCUAUAUACGUUAUUGGUGGCUUUGACGGUAUGGAUUAUUUUAAUUCAUGUCGAUGUUUUGAUGCUGUUGAAAAAUCAUGGAAGGAAAUUGCACCUAUGAAUGCACGUCGUUGUUACGUUAGUGUGGCUGUAUUAGGUGAUAUCAUUUAUGCAAUGGGUGGUUAUGAUGGGCAUCAUCGACAGAAUACUGCUGAAAAGUAUGAUCAUCAUACGAAUCAGUGGUCGCUUAUUGCACCGAUGAAUAUGCAAAGAUCGGAUGCAAGUGCUUGUACAUUAAACGACAAAAUUUACAUAACUGGUGGUUUUAAUGGACAGGAAUGCAUGCAUUCGGCCGAAGUUUAUGACCCUGAUGUGAACCAAUGGACCACAAUUACACCAAUGCGUUCAAGACGGUCUGGAGUAUCUUGCAUUGCAUACCACAGUCAUGUAUAUGUAAUUGGUGGUUUCAAUGGUAUAUCACGUAUGUGUAGCGGUGAAAAAUAUAAUCCUGUAACAAAUACAUGGUCCCAAAUACCCGAUAUGUAUAAUCCACGUAGUAAUUUUGCAAUCGAAGUUAUUGAUGAUAUGGUGUUUGCUAUUGGUGGUUUUAAUGGUGUUACAACAAUAUAUCACGUUGAAUGUUACGAUGAAAAAACAAAUGAAUGGUACGAAGCUACAGAUAUGAAUAUCUAUCGUUCAGCAUUAUCGGCAUGUGUUAUCACUGGUUUACCAAACGUAUAUGAUUAUAUACAUAAACAUCGUGAAAAAUUAAUGGAAGAAAAACGACAAAAAAUGAUUGCAUUAGAAACGGCACGGCAACAAGCACAAAAUGAAAAUAGUUUAACACAGAAUCAAGUUGGUCCACAAAUUGUUCAUGUACAUCAAUUACAGCAACUAAAUAUCAUACAACAAUUGAACGGUGGAAAUAUACAGGAUGAUCUACCAGCAUUAAUGCCAAAUAACAAUCAACAAGAUAAUAACAAUAAUAAUAACCAUGCAAUGAAUCCAAAUCUAGCAAAUAAUCCAAUGAUUGUGAUUCAUCCAAACAACGAUGAUGAUAUAAAUGCUGACAAUGACAUCAAUGGACACCUACGGUAAAUUGGGAAUCGAAUGUAUGCUUUGUGCGAUGAUAUUUGAUAUGAAAAAAAGAUUUUUUUUACUAUUUGUUUCAACAAUUUUUUAAAACAAAUAUGAAAAAAUAGUAAAAACUUUUUAAAUAUUUGUCUACGAAAAAACUACCAACCACUAAUCGUCACAAUUCUCCAAAAUCCAUCAAUGUUUAUACCGUAAAUAAUCAAUCCAUUCUGGAAAAUAAUUCGGAACACUUUUACAACUACAAUAUCCACCAUCAUAACCGAAUUUCCAAAAUAAUCCCUACAAAUAAAUACAGCAACUGCUACAGAAUAUUGAAUUCUCCGAUUCGACAACGUAUAUCUUAAAGUUUCAACAGGCCUGUUUUUUUUUUGCAAUAGUU